AUGUUACAUAUUAAAUCUGGAGAACAACUCAUUGGGAAGUGUCCACCCCGGAUCACGCCCUCUCAAAAAGUUAUUGUCAAAGACACUUGGCAGAUUCUAAAACUUAACAUUGCAAAUGUUGGCGUGAAGACGUUUGUUGGGAUGUUUGAGAGUCGUCCAGAGCUUAUACAAAUAUUUGGAGCUUUUGACGGACAGGAGUUACCGUCCUUACAGCAUUCAGGGUUAAUACACGAGCACGCGUUACGUGUCAUGGCAACAGUGGACGCUGUUGUUACUCAAAUUGACGACAGACGCACACUAGCAAGGACUCUAAAGGAUGUUGGCCAGAAACAUCGGAAAUACAAUGUGCCUAGUAAUAUAAUUCCGACCAUACUUCCGCAUUUUCUCGUGGCAAUCAAGCCUCACAUUGAUGCCACGUGGUCGGAUGAAGUCAGUGAAUCGUGGACGGCGCUGUUUGAUAUUCUCAUAUAUUACAUGACAGAAGGAGAGUUGCAAAAUUCUGUGCCAAUAAACUCUGGACACAGUGCUUGUCGGAACGUAGACAAUCAUGAACACAAUUGCAAUGGAAGUCGACAUAAGUCAUAG